CUUUGCAUCUAUUGCAGGACUCUAGAGCCAUUGCAGAGUAUUUGGAAAGCUAGGAAUGAAGUAAAUUGGAAAGAGGCACAAUUUAAUGGAACCCAUUUUAUCCAAAUGGGGGUUGCUACACUAAAGAGUUGGCGGUCGGUGCAAAGUAAAAAUACAAGUGUUGGUCCAAGGAAUACAGAGCACUCUAGAUGGAAGAAACCAAAUGCACGUCUGAUAAAGAUUAAUCUUGAUGGAGCACUUGAUCUUAUCAAUGGUGGACGGGCUUGCAGAUGGGCAGCGUGCGAUCACACUGGGCUCUUUAUUAGGGGAGGAGUUCUUUCUAGCACAACUAGUUGGCCACCAGAUUUCAUAGAAGCUCUCUGAUUACGGGAUACUAUUUUAUGAGCAAAGCAGCAAGGGUGGACAAAUGUGGAGAUUAAAAUAGAUGCUCGGGUAGUGGUCUCUCGACUGACUAAUGAGGUGGGGAUUCCUACUUAGACCUGAUUGUGGAAGGUAUCAAACAUUUGCUUUGUGAUGAAGCUUGUAUGUUGGUUAAUUAUUGUACACGGUCCGCGAAUCGUGUGGCUCAUGGUUUAGUUAAAACUGCCAUUUCUAUGUCGGAUGCUAGAGUUUUCUAUGAGUUGGCUCUCCCUCUUGUACUCUUGGCCAUUUGACUAAUGACUCUCUGAAUUAAUAUAGUUUGGCGUUUUACUCUAA